GCAGUUGGAAUAAACUCCUUUCUGUGCCUGGUAACAUUUUUUUUCAUACCUGACAGUUCCUCCAAUCGGUGUUUUUUUUUCGCAUAGAAAAUUGAAUUUGGGAAAAAGUAUUUUUCGUUUGCCAUGGAGGGCGCUGUUAAGAAAAACAGUUUGAACUCUUCGCCAUUGCCACAACGCCAGCAGAGGGGCAAUUCGACCAAUAAGAACCUGGGCAAGCCAACGCCCCCGAAGCUAAAUGCUGCCAGCGACGGUAAUCCUGCCGAGAAAAAGGCAAGACUUGGAGGAAACACCCAGAACGGUGGUGGAGUAGCUGGUGGCGGCGGCACUGGCGGUGGUGGUGGUGGUGGUGGUGCUACUGGCGGCGUUGAAUUUUCCAGAAAUCGCAAUCGAGGCGGCAACCAAAAUGAAAACCGGCAGGGUUUCCAAGUCGCAAAUAAUUCACAUCAAAAGCAGAUUAACGAAUCGCCGAAGCCGGCUGCGGGCAAUGUGCCCGCAAAGAACAAUGAACUCUCAGCUGGCGGAGGUGGUCAAAACCAGCCGAACCAUAGUAACAAGGGCCAGGGUAACCAAGGCGAUCAAGGAGAACAGGGAAACCAAGGACCGAAUUUCAGAGGUCGUGGUGGUGGCCCAAAUCAGCCGAAUCAGAAUGCCAACCAGGAGCAAAGCAAUGGAUAUCCCGGCAACCAAGGAGACAAUAAAGGAGGACAGGGCCAACGCGGUGCUGGAGGUGGAAAACACCAGCGUGGAAACCGCUCUAGGCGCUCUGGGGGAUCUGGAAUCAUGAACUCAUCAAUGGGCGGCGGUGGGCAGCGCGGCGAAGACUUUUUCAUUGCCCAACGACUGCUCGACAUUAGUGGACCCACCCAUGAGUUGCCGCCCAUUGAGUUACCCACCGAUAACAAAUUCGUCGGACGCAACCGCUUAUAUGUUGGCAACCUCACCAGCGACACAACUGAUGACGACCUACGGGAGAUGUUCAAGCCAUAUGGCGAGAUCGGCGAUAUAUUCUCGAACCCGGAGAAGAACUUUACAUUCCUGAGGCUAGACUACUACCAAAAUGCUGAGAAGGCCAAACGCGCUUUAGAUGGCUCCUUGCGCAAGGGACGAGUGCUGCGUGUCCGCUUUGCGCCCAACGCCAUUGUGCGUGUGACUAAUCUCAACCAGUUCGUGUCCAACGAGCUGCUGCACCAGUCCUUUGAGAUCUUUGGACCCAUCGAGCGCGCCGUUAUCUGCGUAGACGAUCGCGGUAAGCAUACCGGCGAAGGCAUUGUUGAGUUCGCCAAGAAGUCCUCGGCCAGCGCCUGUCUGCGCCUGUGCAACGAAAAAUGCUUCUUCUUGACUGCUUCAUUGCGUCCGUGUCUGGUGGAACCGAUGGAGGUGAACAACGACAAUGACGGCUUGCCGGAUAAGACGUUAAACAAAAAGUCGCUGGAAUUCAGACAUGAGCGUAGUGUCGGACCGCGUUUCGCUUGUUUAAAUUCGUUUGAGCACGAGUAUGGAUCACGCUGGAAGCAAUUGCACGAUCUCUUCAAGAGCAAACAGGACUCACUCAAGCGUGAGUUGAAAAUGGAGGAGGACAAGCUGGAGGCCCAGAUGGAGUACGCUCGCUACGAACAGGAGACCGAACUGCUGCGCCAGGAGCUGAAGAAGCGCGAGCUGGACAACGAGCGCAUGAAACUGGAGUGGGAGAUGCGUGAGAAACAAGCCGAGGAGAUUCGAAAGCGGGAAGAGGAAUACAUGCAUCGUUAUCAAAACCAAUUACUUCGCCAUGAGGAGGAUAUGCGAGCCCGUCAGCAGGAGAACGAUUUGCUAAUGCAGGCCAAGAAACUCAACAUGAUCCUCGAUCAGCAGGAGGGAUUCGGAGGCAGCAACUCUGGAUUCGAACACUUUGAUUCCCCUUUUGAAGUAUUUGGGAACAACAGCAACAAUUCAACAAUGGCUGGACCUGGAGGUCCAGAUAAUAGCGACGGAAACCAACACGGACACAUUGAUUCAUGGGGACACCGACGCUUCUAGACACUGAAACCUAUAUAGAUAGCGACGAAAACAAUAGUGAUCUCAUUAGUUACGCAUAAUAUCGGACAUUUCGCUCGGCUAUGCGUGAACAAUAACAUAAAUAACAAAUGGGAUCAUGCAAGCGAAGAUGCAUUCAUCUCAUUAUAAUAUAAAUUGAAUUUAUAUAAUUAACCAAAAACUGUUAAAAACGGUCUCAACAACAAAUCCACCACGAAAUAUUAACACAAAAAUGACAAAAUCCAAACACGAAUGGCAACUUACAAGAUGUGCAGUAUUUCGAAGAAAAACACCUGAACAUAACCAUCCAUCAUCCAUUAGAUAUAUGUAGAGACUACCUCCUAACACGAUUAAUUUUUGUCUAUCAUUCAAAUUAAAUAUUGAAUGCGACUGAAAUUACUGAUUAUUUGGAGUCGAAUAUAGAUAAAGAGCCUAAUUUUUAUAAUCGUAGAUUAUACUUUGAUUUAUGAGUAAAUAAUCGAAAUCGGACUUGCUUUUAUUUCAAUGUAUUUCUCAUCCCAUCUCUGUCUACUUUUAAUAAAAACGGCUCUAACCUAAGGUUUCACUGGGAAUUUAUGUUGGUAAUAAAUGUGUUAAAGCGGAAAAGUCGGAAAAUGCCAUCAGCUCUAUUGGGAAAUCCGGCAAUAAGUUGCAAGGCUGUCCGAAAGGACACAUUUCCGCCGGUAUCUUCAGUCCCACGACGCUGUCCAUAUAUUAGGUCAAAAUGCAAUCACUUGUUUAAACAAAAGAAUUUAUUUGAUCAACAGAAUGAACUAUUGUAUGAACCCUCCUCCCAUUCACCCAACAAUUACACAAUUGUAUUGUACCGAAGCAAUCAAAGAUUUCAGUUCAAUUACCCGUGGUAUAACCAUCAAUUUGAAUUUCCUCGAGAUGG